UCCCGGCUCUCCCGCCCCCCUCUCCCCUCCCCCCGGGCGAGCGAGCGGUGACUUAAGCAACGGAGCGCAGCGAAGCCCAUUUUUUUUUUUCCUCCUUGCUCUCAGCCGCGCCGGGCAGCUCGUGGCGCGCUCGGCGCCUCCGCUCCGGCCCGAGAUGAAUGCUGCGGCAGAAGCCGAGUUCAACAUCCUGCUGGCCACCGACUCGUACAAGGUUACUCACUAUAAACAAUACCCUCCCAACACAAGCAAAGUUUAUUCCUACUUUGAAUGCCGUGAAAAGAAGAUAGAAAACUCCAAAGUAAGGAAGGUGAAAUACGAGGAAACAGUGUUUUAUGGGUUGCAGUACAUUCUUAAUAAGUACUUAAAAGGUAAGGUAGUGACCAAAGAGAAAAUCCAGGAGGCCAAAGAAGUGUACAAAGAGCAUUUCCAGGAUGACGUCUUUAAUGAGAGGGGAUGGAACUACAUUCUUGAGAAAUACGAUGGUCAUCUCCCAAUUGAAGUAAAGGCUGUUCCUGAGGGCUCUGUCAUCCCCAGAGGGAAUGUGCUGUUCACUGUGGAGAACACAGACCCUGAGUGCUACUGGCUCACCAACUGGAUUGAGACUAUUCUCGUUCAGUCCUGGUAUCCAAUUACAGUGGCCACAAAUUCAAGAGAGCAGAAGAAAAUACUGGCCAAAUACUUGUUAGAAACUUCUGGUAACUUAGAUGGUCUGGAAUACAAGUUACAUGAUUUUGGUUACAGAGGAGUCUCUUCACAAGAGACUGCUGGCAUAGGGGCUUCUGCUCAUUUAGUCAACUUCAAAGGAACAGAUACAGUGGCAGGAAUCGCUCUGAUUAAAAAAUACUACGGAACAAAAGAUCCUGUGCCGGGCUAUUCUGUUCCAGCGGCAGAGCACAGUACCAUAACAGCGUGGGGGAAAGACCAUGAGAAAGAUGCUUUUGAACACAUAGUGACACAGUUCUCAUCAGUGCCUGUGUCUGUGGUCAGCGACAGCUAUGACAUUUAUAACGCUUGUGAGAAAAUAUGGGGUGAAGACCUCAGACAUUUGAUAGUAUCGAGAAGUACAGAGGCGCCACUCAUCAUCAGACCUGAUUCCGGGAACCCGCUGGACACUGUACUGAAGGUCUUAGAUAUUUUAGGUAAGAAGUUUCCUGUCACUGAGAACUCAAAGGGCUACAAGCUGCUGCCCCCGUACCUGAGAGUCAUUCAGGGAGACGGCGUGGAUAUCAACACCUUGCAAGAGAUCGUAGAGGGAAUGAAACAAAAAAAGUGGAGUAUUGAAAACGUCUCCUUUGGUUCUGGCGGAGCUUUGCUACAGAAGUUAACAAGAGACCUCUUGAACUGCUCCUUCAAGUGCAGCUACGUUGUCACCAACGGCCUUGGGGUUAAUGUCUUUAAGGACCCAGUUGCUGACCCCAACAAAAGGUCGAAAAAGGGCCGAUUAUCUUUACACAGGACACCAGCAGGGAACUUCGUCACGCUUGAAGAAGGAAAAGGAGACCUUGAGGAAUAUGGCCAUGAUCUUCUCCAUACGGUUUUCAAGAAUGGAAAGGUGACAAAAAGCUAUUCAUUUGAUGAAGUCAGAAAAAACGCGCAGCUGAAUAUCGAGCAGGAUGUGGCCCCUCACUAGGCCUGGGUGUUUGUGCGGUAUGUGUACACAUACGUGCACUAUGUGUGUGCUUGUGUGUAUGUGAGAACAUGUUCAGUGUACAGAUGCGUGCGUUUGUGUUUAUGAUAUACUACAGCCAGAUUAUUUGUUGGUUUAUGGACAUACUGCCCUUUUAUUUUUCCCACAACGUUUAGAUGAUCUCAAAUUAGGAAACACGUGUAACCAUGUACAAGAUUAAUGCUAAAGCAAGCUUUUUAGUGCCCUUUGCUUAGAGAUAGUAACUCGGUCUGUGUUGACCUUUUCACAAGUCACAGAACCAAGAAACUUUUAUAUAUAACUGCAGAUCACAUCAAACAGAUUUGCAUAAAUUACCAUGACUGCUUUAUGUUUAUAUUUAACUUGUAUUUUUGUACAAACGAGAUUGUGUAAGAUAUAUUUAAAGUUUCAGUGAUUUAACAGUCUGUUUCCAACUUUUCAUGAUUUUUAUGAGCACAGACUUUCAAGAAAAUACUUGAAAAUAAAUUACAUUGCCUUUUGUCCAUUAAUCAGCAAAUAAAACAUGGCCUUAACAAAGUUGUUUGUGUUGUUGUACAUUUGGAAAUUAUGUCAGGACAUAUGCCCAGCAGAAUUCCUAACUCACUGCCCUUGUAGAAUAUGCACCAGUCAUUCUACAUCGAAGGGAAUGAUGGUUCUUACUCGAAUGUCUAGGCAUUGUACAGUCCUACACCUUGGUCAUUGUACUGUACCAGUGAAAUGCCAAAUUCGAAAGGCCUGUUCUGCAAUUUUAUAUGUCAGAUAUUGCCUGUGGCUCUAAUAUGCACCUCAAGAUUUUAAGAAGAUAAUGUUUUUAGAGAGAAUUUCUGCUUCCACUAUAGAAUAUAUACAUAAAUGUAACAUAUUGAAAGUGGAAGUAGUGUAUUUUAAAGUAAUUACUCUUCUGAAUUUAUUUUUCAUAUUCUAUAGUUGGUAUGACUUAAAUAAAUUGCUGGAGUGGGUAGUAGUGAGUGUACUUAUUUUAAAUGUUUUGAUUCUGUUAUAUUUUCAUUAAGUUUUUAAAAAAUUAAAUUGGAUAUUAAACUGUA